GGGGGCGGAACCGAUGAUCCUUUAGGGUUCCGACGCGCUUGGCCUGCUGGGUUAGGGGUCCGACAGCGCUCCCCCGCGGGUUUUCUCGGAGCGGCGCUUUGGGGAGAUGUGGACUAGCGACCGCCUGGCGGGGUCGGCGGCCGACGGGGUGGCGGUGACUGUGGCCUUCACCAACGCUCGCGACUGCUUCCUCCAUCUGCCGCGGCGCCUCGUGGUCCAGCUGCACUUGCUGCAGAAUCAAGCGAUAGAAGUCACCUGGGGUCUUCCGCCCGCAUUCUUGAGCUGGGUGGAGGGCAGGCAUUUUAUUGAUCAAGGUGAAAAUGUAGCUGAAAUUAACAGACAAGUUGCCCAGAAACUUGGACUUUCAAACGGGACACAGGUAUUUCUCAAGCCAUGUUCUCAUGUGGUGUCUUGUCAUGAAGUUGAGGUGGAACCCCUCUCAGCAGAUGAUUGGGAAAUACUGGAGCUGCACGCUGCUUCUCUUGAGCAGCAUCUUCUAGAUCAGAUCCGAAUAGUUUUUCCAAAAGCUAUUUUUCCUGUUUGGGUUGAUCAACAAACUUACAUAUUUAUCCGCAUUGUUGCACUAAUGCCAGCUGUUACAUAUGGAAGGCUGGAAGCUGAUACCAGGCUCCUUAUUCAGCCAAAGACACGCCAAACCAAAGCAGAAACAUUUUCAAAGGCAGAAGGUGCAUAUGGAAAAUUUCCUAGUGAUGAAAGAGACCAAAGAGGAAUGACAAAAGAAUUUCAAACCAAACAACUGCAAUCAAAUGCUAGUAAAACAGACUCAGUUAACUUAUCAUCGAUACCAAGCUUAUGGACUAUGAUAGGAAACAUUUUUUCUUUUGGAUCUGAGAAGAAACAAGAGACAUCCUGGGGUUCAACUGAAAUCAAUGCUUUCAAAAAUAUGCAGUCAGAGAUUGUUCCUCUGGAUAAUGUUUUCAGAGUGUGCAAAUCACAACCUCCUAGUAUACGUAACACACCAGCAACUUCUGUGUUUCAUAAACACUGUGCUGUUCAUGUAUUUCCAUGGGACCAGGAAUAUUUUGAUGUGGAGCCCAGCUUUACUGUGACCUAUGGAAAUCUAGUUAAACUACUUUCUCCAAAACAGCAAAGUAAAACAAAGCAGAAUGUCCUGUCACCAGAGAAGCAGAUAUCAGAAUCACUAGAUCAAAAACAGGUUAGUUCAGAGUAUAGUCAAGAAACUGAUAAGGGCUGUGUGCUAAAAGUAGUCUGGAAUGGACUUGAAGAGUUGAAGAAUGCUAUAAAGUACACCCAAAAUGUGGAAGCCCUCCAUCUUGGAAAAGUUUGGAUUCCAGAUGACCUGAGAAAAAGACUAAAUAUAGAAAUGCAUGCAGUAGUCAGAAUAACUCCAGUGGAAAUUACCCCUAAAAUUCCAAGAUCUCUAAAAUUGCAACCUAGAGAGAAUUUACCUAAAGAUACGAAUGAAGAAGAUGUAAAAACAGCCUUCUACUUGUGGCUACAGCAAUCUGCUACCACUGUACUUCCUUUAUUAAUAUCAGAGGAAGAAUUUAUUAAGUUGGAAAUUAAAGAUGAGUUGAAAGAGUUUUCUCUGCAUAUAGUUCACUGGGAAAAGGAAAAAAAAAAAGAAAAAAAUAUUUUUCUAUUGAGUACCAAUCUGCUGCAGAAGACCACAAUACAAGUCCUUCUAGAUCCUAUGGUAAAAGAAGAAAACAGUGAGGAAAUUGACUUUAUUCUUCCUUUUUUAAAGCUGAACUCUUUGGGAGGCGUGAAUUCCAUAGGCAGAUCCUCCAUGGAGCACAUCACACAGAGCCUCCUAGGUCGCCCGCUGUCUCGGCAGCUCACAUCCCUUCUGGCAGGACUUAGGAAUGGAGCCCUUUUACUCACCGGAGGAAAGGGAAGUGGAAAAUCCACUUUAGCCAAAGCAGUCUGUAAAGAAGCCUAUGACACACUGGAUGCCCAUGUGGAAAUAGUUGACUGUAAAGCUUUAAAAGGAAAAAGGCCUGACCACAUUCAGAGAGCCCUAGAGGUGGCGUUCUCAGAGGCAGUAUGGAGGCAACCUUCUGUGGUUCUGUUUGAUGACCUGGACCUCAUUGCUGGACUACCCACUACCCCGGGGCAGGAGCAUAGUCCGGAAACAGUGCAGAGCCAGCGUCUCGCACAUGCUAUGAGUGAUAUGAUCAAGGACUUUAUUUCCAUGGGAAGUUUGGUUGCCCUGAUUGCUACAAGCCAGUUUCAGCAUUCUCUGCAUCCUUUGCUUGUUUCUGCUCAAGGAAUUCACAUAUUUCAGUGUGUUCAACACAUCCAACCUCCCAACCAGGAACAAAGAUACGAAAUUUUGUAUCAUGUAAUAAAAAAUAAGCUAGACUGUAAUAUAAGCAAGUUCAGCGAUCUUGACCUGCAGUGUGUAGCUAAAGAAACAGAAGGAUUUGUGGCCAGAGAUUUUACAGUCCUUGUGGAUCGAGCCGUUCAUUCCUGUCUCUCUCAUCAGCACAUAUCUGCUAAGGAAGAACUAGUUUUCACAACAUCAGACUUCCAGAAGGCUCUUGGAGGAUUUAUUCCUGCAUCUCUGCGAAAUGUCAACCUACAUAAACCUAAAGACCUCGGUUGGGAUAAAAUUGGUGGAUUGCAUGAAGUUCGGCAAGUACUCAUGGAUACAAUCCAGUUACCAGCCAAGUACCCAGAAUUAUUUGCAAACUUGCCCAUCCGACAGAGAACAGGAAUAUUGCUGUAUGGUCCUCCUGGAACAGGAAAAACCUUACUAGCUGGGGUAGUUGCGCGAGAGAGUGGAAUGAAUUUUAUUAGUGUCAAGGGACCAGAGGUACUCAGCAAAUACAUUGGAGCAAGUGAACAAGCUGUUCGAGAUAUUUUUAUUAGAGCACAAGCUGCAAAGCCCUGCAUUCUCUUCUUUGAUGAGUUUGAGUCCAUUGCUCCUCGAAGAGGUCAUGACAACACAGGAGUCACAGACCGGGUAGUUAACCAACUCCUGACUCAGUUGGAUGGUGUAGAAGGCUUACAGGGUGUUUAUGUAUUGGCUGCUACUAGUCGCCCUGACUUGAUUGACCCUGCCCUACUCAGGCCUGGUCGACUGGAUAAAUGUGUAUACUGUCCUCCUCCUGAUCAGGAGUCCCGUCUUGAGAUCUUAAACGUACUCAGCGACUCUCUGCCUCUGGCAGAUGACGUGGACCUUCGGCAUGUGGCAGCCGUGACCAAGGCCUUCACUGGAGCAGAUCUGAAAGCUCUGCUCUACAACGCCCAGCUGGAGGCCUUACAUGCGCGGCUGCUCUGCAGCGGCUUGCAGGAUGGAGGUUCCAGCUCUGAUAGUGACCUAAGUCUGUCCUCGAUGGUCUUUCUUAACCACAGCAGUGGCUCUGAUGACUCAGCUGGCGAUGGAGAAUGUGGCUUAGAUCAGUCUCUUGUUUCUCUAGAGAUGUCAGAGCUCCUUCCAGAUGAAUCAAAAUUUAAUAUGUACCGGCUCUACUUUGGAAGCUCCUAUGAAUCAGAACUGGGAAACGGAACCUCUUCUGAUUUGAGUUCUCAGUGUCUCUCUACAGCCAGCUCUGUGACUCAGGACUUGCCUGGGCUUCCUGGGAGAGAGACCCCGUUUCCUCAGCCUUCGGUGUUCAGGACAGCUUCUCAGGAGGGCUGCCCGGAGCUCACCCAGGAGCAGCGAGAUCAGCUGAGGGCAGACAUCAGUAUCAUCAAAGGCAGAUACCAGAGCCAAAGUGGAGAAGACGAAUCCCUUCACCAGCCAGGACCAGGCAAAACUAGUGUGGCUAUUAGUCAGUCACAUUUAAUGACUGCCCUUAGUCACACAAGACCCUCCAUUAGUGAAGACGACUGGAAGAAUUUUGCCAAGCUGUAUGAAAGCUUUCAGAAUCCAAAGAAGAAAAGUCAAAGUGGAACAAUGUUUCGACCUGGACAGAAAGUAACUUUAGCAUAAAAUAUACUUUUUUUUUUUUUUUUUUUUUUGUGGCUUCUCCGUAUAUUGUAACAGUACAAAAAAAUGGUGUCUGUAAACUUUUUUUUGAUUUGACAGAUUUGGUUAAUCAUACAAUUGCAUAUUGGUAACUGCUGUGAUUAUGUAAUGAUCAAGAUUACUUGAGACUAAUAUUGUUGAAUAAAUUGAGAUAUUUAUUACA